UCAGAAACAGGCGGUUAUGGUGGCGGAAGGAUUGAAGUUAUGGCGGAAGGGAAGCUUCCUCUGGUCUUUCCCUUCCCCAAAGAGGCCAAAACCGGGAGGUGAGAAAGCUUGCACGAAAGUUCACCUCUCUUGAAUAUUCAUCACAUCAGUUUUCAACAGGACUGGCUGCAUUAUAGAUCUGCAUCCCGUCGUCGAAGGGCCGGAGGGAUUCUUUUCCAGAUUGAGAGACGAAAAUGGCGUCGAUGUUGCCCGGAGUUGGGGUGGCUCCGCGGAGGAGACCGCUCCCGGCCCGCCAAGGAGACCACCUCGGCUGCAGCGGCCGGGAUUACUUAAGGGAACGGACGGAUCCGACGAGCUCACCGCUGGACGAGACCGCCCUGAUGGCCCGCCGGAGGCUGGAGCAGAAGCUCGGCUACCUCCAUCCUUCUUCAAGGACGGUUAAGGAUCAUCGGCAGCAGGGCGUGGAUGGAGGAAACAAGAACAGAUCGGGAGCGAAGGCGAGUUCCAGGAUGCUGAUCAGUAGGACUUGGAACUUGGGAUUCGGCAGGUUACAUAAGUCGGAACGGAAAGUCUGCGCGGUUUGCUUGGAUGAUUUCCGGGUAGGCGAGCAUCGAGUGAUGGAUCUUUCGUGCUCCCACAAGUACCAUACCGAGUGUCUCCUUCCGUGGAUCGCCAAUCAUCCGCAUUGCCCCUGUUGUAGGACUCCAAUUUGAUUCCGGUAAUCCUUCCGGCCACAGGUUUAAACGAUUGAUGCCGAUGUUUAGAGGAUAAGCUUGUAACAAUUAUAUGCAGAAGAUGUUAUAGUCCCUAUACACAGUUAAAAACUUUUGUAAGAAGACAUCAAACUGGAACUUUUUUGGAUCACA